AUGAGCAAGUCCAACGGAGAGGACAAAUUUGAGUGGAUAGAGACGCCGCCGGCGCCUUCUCCAACGACCCCUUCCAACUGCGGAGUGCCAACAACAUCUUCUCCAGCUAUUGCCAAUGCCCCACUCCCAGCUGACGGCAAUGGAUCCGAUCAUUUCAACAACAAAACCCUAUUCGCCCUCUUGACCCUCGUCCCAGGUUAUAUCACCUGGAAGGUCAGUGGAGGCUUCAAGACGUGGGUAUUCUUUGCCUUGAUUGUCGAUCUUCCAAUCCUCGCCGCUUUCUGGGUCCUUACCUCUGAGUUCGCCCCCCGGAAAAAUGAAAAGGUCAGGCUGCCGGGUAAGCCCAUAGAGUCGUACUUGACUUUCCACAAAGAUGAAGAUAAGGACAAAUACUACGGCCACAAAACGAUCCCAAUGGAAACAUUUCAUGAGAAGUACUUUGACGGUGACGUUGAUUUCAACGGCGAUUGUCUUGAGGUCAUGGAGAUGAGACACGACUGGGCAAACUUCCGUUUCACCUUUGGUUUGAUCAAAUAUUUCCUGACUGGCAUGCUCCCCGAGGUUAUCAUGCAUACUAAGUCUCAAGACGAGGAGCAAGUGCGUGAUCACUAUGACCGCGGUGACGACUUCUACGGCUGGUUUCUCGGCCCCCGAAUGAUCUAUACAUCUGGUAUAAUAUCUGACAUCAACCGAGAGGAGAGCCUCGAACAAUUGCAAGACAAUAAGCUCGCUAUUGUCUGCGAAAAGAUCGGUCUCGAGAAUGGGGAGAAAAUGCUCGACAUCGGUUGUGGAUGGGGAACGCUCGCUAAGUUCGCUUCUGUCAAUUACGGUGCCCACGUUACUGGUGUGACACUUGGCCGCAAUCAAACCGCUUGGGGCAACAAUGGCCUAAGGAAUGCCGAAAUUCCGGAAUCCCAAUCUCGGAUCUUAUGCAUGGACUAUCGUGAUAUUCCAGUCCCAGAUGGUGGCUAUCAGAAGAUCACUUGCCUCGAGAUGGCCGAGCACGUCGGCGUCCGCCAUUUCGGUACAUUCUGUAAGCAAGUCUAUAAUAUGCUUGACGAUGACGGAGUUUUCUUUCUUCAAAUUGCUGGUCUAAGGAAGGUGUGGCAGUUUGAGGACCUCACCUGGGGUCUUUUCAUGAACAAAUAUGUCUUCCCAGGGGCUGAUGCUUCCACUCCGCUCGACUUCUUCGUCGGUAGGCUCGAGUCUGCAGGCUUUGAGAUCAAGGGCAUCGACACCAUCGGCGUUCACUACUCGGCUACGCUCUGGCGAUGGUACAGGAACUGGUUGGCGAACAAAGACAAGAUUGUUGCGAAGUAUGGAGACCGGUGGUUCCGCAUCUGGGAGUUCUUCCUCGCCUACUCAACCAUCGCGUCCAGACAGGGCACUGCCACCUGCUAUCAGAUCUGCCUGGUUAAGAAUCUCAAUUCAACGCACCGUAUCGAGGGCAUUCCUACACAACAUGGCCUCGCUGCUGCGCUUGAAAAGAGUCAAGCCAGGCUUGCUCGAUUGCAGAAGUAG